UUGCCAUCAAGAACAAACUUUUUUUUUCGGUUUUUUCAGUUGAUUUUCUUGUACAUUGUACUGUGUUGUGUUCACGGAAGUUUAGCCAUCAUUGGAAGCAAACUGUUUUGGAAACGAAAUAUUGGAAAGCAUAGCUCAAGAUGAUGCGUCCUCCUUCAAUAUUGGCCAUCAUUGGUAUUUUCAUGUUGAGAAACACCUCGUCAUACAACAUCAUAGAAAGCAUCAAAACGGACAACCCCAUUACAGACGAAACAAUGUAUGCCAAAUAUCCAAACCUUCGCGAACUGGACAUGAGCAACCAGACAGAGUUUGAAUUUCCCAAAAAUCAAGUUUUGCUUUCACACGACGAAUUGUCCUCAUACAUAUGCAAUAGUUGUGGAGUACACUCCAUCUAUAAGUCAUCGCUGUCGAAAUUGCCCCAUCUAACGUCGCUAGAGUUGAGAAAAAAUUCUCUCGAAUACAUCCACCCCGAUUCAUUUGCCCACAACUCCCGGUUGGACAAAAUCGUGUUGGCUGACAACGAACUGAUCGCCUUUAACGAAGAAAGCAACCUACGACACAUAGACUCUCUUUCAAUAUUAGACUUAAGUCUAAACGUCAAACUGGAUCUUAAUCAAGUAAAGCUGAGAAGUGAAAGCAUAUCGAUUUUCCAUUGCGACAAUUGCAACACCUUCUAUCUGGAUCGAAACACGUUUGCCGGCAUGCCCAGGAUUUCGGAGAUCUCACUGAAGAAUAAUCCAAUCGAGCAAAUUAACAAUGACGCAAUAGAUUUCCUUAGCCAUAUGAAAUCCCUGAUACUCGAUGGUAACCGUCAGUUGAAGUUUUUAUACAUAACAUCCGGAUCACUGAAACGACUGAGCGUUCAAAACUGUUCAAUAGAAGGAGUUAUAUACACUGAAAAUCUUCCAGCUCUGGAGUCCCUGAAUGUUCGAGGAAAUCGAAUUACUCAUCUGGAAGAGCUACAACUACUGGAAGGCCAGAACUUCAAAACAAUACUAUUGGAUGAUAAUGAAAUCAGAAAGAUUCCUGAGCUUCUCAUAAAAUUGCCAAAAUUGGAACAGCUGUGCAUUGACCAAAACUUGUUGCAACCAUACGCACAUACACAAGAGGUGACUUUGAUGUAUAAAAUAAGACAUCUACGCAAGGACUGCUACUCCGACAAGGAUUUCUUUCAUCAAUUUGAGUACCUCCUGCCGAGUGAACACGGACGUGCAGUUUACAGAAAGAAACCCGAUCACCCUGUUACCAACAAUGGAAUCAUAGACUUAUCCAACAAGGACAUCGUUUUCAUCGAACUGGAUUACCUCGUCGACUAUCGCACUGCGAAGCAAUUGUUAUUUGACAAUAAUCAUAGGUUUAAUUUAAGAGAAGCGCAGAUUUUUCUAAUAAGUAAUUCAUUAGAAGUUUUAUCCAUGCAAAACUGCUCUAUAACUGCUUUAUACGACACCUCAUUUGCGAAACUACCUAGCUUGAAAAUCAUAUAUCUUCAAGAAAACAAUAUUAAGGCUCUGCAUGAAUCAUUUUUCAUAAACAAUCCAGCAGUAACCUUCAUUAACUUAUCGAACAAUGAGCUGGAGUUUGUAUCCCUCACUGCAUUUCAGCACCUCGAUAACUUGGAGACCCUCAAACUAGAUGGGAACAGAAACUUGGCUAGCUACAACAAAAAUUUUAUUCUAAGCAGGUCGUUGCGUUACUUGAGUUGUGCAUUCUGUGGAUUCACACUAUUGAAUAAUAAGACCUUUGCUUUGUUGCCAAAGCUACUAGAGUUGAAUCUUGAACACAACGCCAUAGAAAUCGUUGAAGCCGGCGGACUGCGUCACAUGCCACGACUGAAAUACCUCAACUUGAACAACAAUCCUCUGAAGUCGUUUAGCCCCUUUCCGGAACAACUAAGCCAUCUGCAAACACUUUGUCUGGGCAGUCAGACACUCGAUGGUACCACGCUGAACCGUUUAGAGGCCCAUAUCAGUCGAGUGACGGAAUUGGAAAAAGGUUGUAAAGACGACAAGUUAUCCGAAAAUUUAAGGAGAAGAAGCAACAGCAGAGCGUCUACAGAGGAAGAAACAGCACAAAAACCACGGAGAUUGACCCAAAUAUCGGAAGGUUUUGCUAACAAAGCUAGUCUUCUGUUGCUGGUAGCUUCCUCAAUCCCAGAAUUGUGGAAAUAUGUGCACGGUAUAGCAGCUAGAAUGUUUCUCUGAAUGUUUAUAGCAAAAGAAAUCUCCAUCAAAAUUAAUACCUGGAGCUUGUUUUAUCCUUUUCCUUUAAGUUAUUUACUUUCGCUGUUGUUCAGUUUAACAAUUUCUCUUGUUAUUUUUUUAGUAUUAAAGUUUGAUUGAAAUUUAAAUUUAGAAUGGUAGCUCUCGCAAAUGUACUUAGUACACUUAUCAUGUUUUGUUUGAAACUAUUUUUGUCUUUCUCGUAUAUUUUUUUUUGAUCUGCUGACAAAAAAAUGAUUCAAAUUUUGAGCGAUAAUGUGAUAUUAUGCAAAAGCAAAAGAAUUAAAUUGAAGGUUUUUAUUAGUCUUUUAAGGAACAUUUUUAAGGAAGAAGGGAAAACGCUAAAAUAAUUUUAUCUUUAUUUUACUGAAAUUGAGAUUUUUCUUAUUAAUUUUGUUUAGAGUUAUGAUGAAUCCAAUCACUACCAGUAGAAAUGAAAUGAGUAGAAAUGAUCGAUAAAGCCGAUAAACAAAUCAUUUGUAGAGUAUUGUAGAUAAUUUUUGUAGUCAAGAAUUUGAUUUGAAUGUUUAUGAGAUGAAUACUAAUUUAUCCCAUUUUAAAUUAAAAGAUUUUGUCCAAUGUUUUUUUAAUUUUUUUAUCACUGCAAUGCUAAUGAAAAAUUAUUAAAAAUUAUCUUUAUGACAAAAUUGUUUAGUAAAACA